AUGGCAACCGCUCAAGCAAUGAGGGAACAGGAAAAAACAGUCACAGUAAGCCAUGUCGAUCAUCUCAUUAUACUUUUUUUGUGUGUGUAUUGUGCUAUUUAAUCAUAUUUAUCUAAUCACAUGAUAAGCAAACACGAUUUUCUUUUGAUUUUAACAUUGAGAAUUGCCAAAGCCAGUGGCUCAUAUGUCAUAGGUCAAGCGGAAAAUAAGAUGCGCUGCCAGUUACACCCUAAGUCAAUUCAUGCACAACUAUUACAUUAUGAAUCAAAACAAAGCAAAUUAAAAAUGAUGAAAAAUAUAUUAAUAAGAAAUAAAACAAAACAAAACGAUGGAUUUCAAAGAUAAAGUCAACCUUGAAUAAAUAUAGGACUGGGAAGGACUGAAAUCUACAGGUAUUGUUUAAAAGGUAGAAGUGAGAAAAAUUCUUAAAAGCUAUUUAAUUGAGAGCUUCAACUCCACAGUGACAAUGGCUGUUUCUUUGAAUGUAUAGUUACAUUCUUUAAGGAUGAAACAAAAGGAUGUUGACUUGCUUGUUGUUUCUUUUUCAGUGGUCAAGUAUUUUUCCUUCUCAACAAGUCACAGGUAUAUAAGAGUAGAUAAGAACUGAAAUCUUGCUUUUUCUGCUUUUAGAUAUUGAGUUGUUCCAUUAAGUGAUAAUUUUCUUUCUCAAACAGAACAGCAGUCAGCUUUAUUUGUAAAGAAGCUUUUAGCAGUAGCUGUAAGUACAUUUCUAGAUCAUUUUGCACUAUUCUUGAUAUAUUUUGGUUUCUGUUCGUUUUUUAUAGACUUAUUUUUUGUUUCUUUCAGGUCUCCAGUAUAACCUAUCUCAGGUAAAAAAAUAUCAAAAUUGAUUCAUAUUUUACUUCAUGUAAGGCUAAAGAGAUACAAGGCAAGGGAAAAGCUUACUCUUCUUUCCAUGUUAAAAUAUGAUUUAAGAGAUUCAAAUAAGUUUAAAUUCAUAUUUGUGAAUAUUUUCUUUAUUGUCUAGCACAUCAUGAGUAGAUUAAAGAAUUUUCCACUCAUCUCCUUCCUGCAGAACUAUAUUCCCAGAGCAUGCCUUUGGAGACAGAUGCUUAGAAGGUACAUAUUAACAAAUUUGCUUCUAUUAAUUUUGUAACUGUAUGAUUGAUUUACUGGAGAAAUACAAGGCUUUUGCAAUUCUUAAAUUUUAGAUGUGUUUAUGAUGAAAUUUGAUUAAAGGAUUACAUUGUCAUUAAUAGAUGAAUAUGCUAACUUCUUUAAACCAGUAUUUAAUUCACUGUUCAUAUCAUGCCUCAUAUCAUACAAUUGCCUUUUUGAAUAAAUGCACAUGGAACAUGGUUUUGUUGAACAUAAGUGAAUGUGUCACUGAUAAUAAGAUCUGUACAAUGAAAACUGUUUUUAUAGUUUUCCUCACUUGUAAAGCUUUGUGAUAUAGAUUUGAAUCUGAAAAUCCUGAAGGAUGACAGUGCUUGCCCAGGAGCAUGCCAAGUAAUACAGUGGUAAAUACAGUUAUUGAUUUAAUAAGUAAGCUUUCUUCAUAGUAGUGCACUACUCUAUCAAAUGUUUUUGCCAUUACAAAGUUUUCCUCCUCUUGAAUAUACAGUUGCUAGUGUCACCUUUGUUCACCAAACACAUUGUUAAAUGGGUGCCGUAGAAAGCAAUGCCUUGUUAAAAAUUAUGAGCAACAUUGUGAUGUGAUUUGGAUUUAAUUUGCAACAGGAUCAAAGGUUGCUUUGAUGCUCUUGAUAAGAGAUAUGUAAGUUUUGCAAUUUUUGUAUUAACAACAUUUUCAAUUGGUGCAUGUUGAUGACUAGCAUGAAUUUAUAUACUGCAACUUUAAUUUUCUGCAGCCCAACUUUUUUAAAAUCUCUAUUGCCUUUAAUCAAAAUAAAAUGGUAGAACAAUCCCUUCAUUAUUCUAAUCUUCAUGCUAGAGGCUUCAAUGAACCUUGCUGUGCAUAAUUGUAGAUCAAAAUAAUUACAAUAUCUCCUGAGCAUUACAACUUGAAAUGUAAUCAGGAAUUGCAAUAUUGUCCAAAAAUGCUAACAUAGACUUUCUUUGGCACUCACACAUUCAUGAACUUAUUAUUAUCACUUUUUUUCUGCUUGCAGCUCAGAAUGAUCGUUAUUGGUGUAAGUACUGGAAGUCUUAAUUGAAAGUUGUUCAUGAUUAUAACUUCCAAAACAGAUUAUCAUUUGACUGUUUCUCUUCCAAACAGAUUUAUGGUGAUGCUGAAAAUCCUGAUGUAAGUGACUGUUAAAGUUGCUACAGCCGAUUGUUUGUUAUAAUUGAUGUUUAAGAGGCAUUUUCAAUUGAGUUGUACAUGUAAUACUGGAUAACAUUAGUUUGUUUCACUGGAGUCAGAUUAGCAUUAAAGCUAUGGAUAGGAAACUCAGCACGUCUGAAAGGCUGAUCUGAUUAAAGGAAAAAAUACUAAGGUUUGAAUUUACUAUGGGCUCUGCAAUAUAAUUUUGACAGAACUUUAUAGUCUGGAAAUAGAUAGUAAAAAAUGACAGAAUUUAUUAAUUCCAAAAAUUAGCCUAGUAAUGUUACUAUCCCCAGAGAUAAGUUCAAAUUGCAGAGGCUAAGCUAGUUUAUGUAGUGAAUAAGUUUUAAGAAUGGUUUGGGUUUCCAUUUCUUUAAUAUCUCUUUUUAUCAUUGCAUAUUUGGUAUUUAGACAGUCAUUGAGACUUACACCUUUAAGGUAAGUUGCAUUUGAUAAAUAUAGCAAACACUUCUCAAUUUAAGAGUUCAUUGCUAUUUCUACAGAUAACUGACCUGAUUUCUUUCAACCCAUUUCCAGUUGAUUUAAAACUACCACGAAAUAAGCUUCUUAUUCCCGAAAACAUCUUAAAGGCUUAUUGCCAUUCUUGCAAUGAAUGUUCUGUAGGGCUGAGUAGAUUGGUGAGAUACAUUUUUGUGCAAAUGACUUUAGAAAGCUUGUAAUUCAAUUUUGCAGAAAUGAUCUGUAGAUAUUUCAAAAAAUAGUUGCACAUCGGCCCAGUUUGUAGAUCACAGAUGUUGUUUAUGGUGAUGUUGUCUAUGUGUCUUCCCUCCUAUCAAUCAUAAGAAAAAACAAAUCAAAAUGUGGGUGUAAUUCAGCUUAUCAUAUAACAUGUCAUAAUUCAUGAGAGCAGUUUACAUGCUAAGAAAAAUCCUUUUUCAUAGUUCUCCUAUGUUGGAGGUGAAGUCAGUAUCUUCAGGUAAAGACUUGAAUUUGUAUGUCAGUGAUAUUAAACAGCAAAUGUACCAAAAAAUAGAACUACCUGAUGGUUAGUGAUUGUUGUUCUUUUAUUACUUUGUUACUUUUAGGAAUGGAAAUAAAAUUGCAAGUGCCCAAACAGAGAAAGAGACUAAGAAGGCCACCAUACGUUUGCUGAGGUACAUUUUUAUUUGAAGAAUGAAUAAACCAUUGAUGUUAUAAGCUAUCAAAAGAUUAAUGAAUUUAUUUAGUUCUUCCUUGUGCAUAAAAUAAUUAAUUACCACACGUGAAAAUGUUUUUGGGGGUACAGUUGCUAAACAAUAAUUUUUUAAAUUGCUGAAUAACUACUUACCAUAGGUUUGUUGUCAUCCUUUUUGUAAUAAAAGAGUAAUUUUCUUAUUACAUGUGUACUUUUGAGAAUGUUCACAAGUGGGUCAAUAAAAUGUAUGCAUGUUCUAACUUGUCCUUCAAAUGUUUAGAACAAUAAUUCUUCUCAGUCAGACAUUGGCAUCAUUACCAGGUAAGUAACAGUAUUAUCAUGAUUAUGAAUUCAGCAUUUGUAGUCAUCAUGCCCUAAGUUGCACUGUGACGUCUCUUUUUUCAAUCCGUUUAUCUAAGAAUAUCUGUGUCUUAUAUAUUAUCUCUAGAUUAGUAGUUUGAUAUUAACUGAAAAAAAUUAUACAACUAUUUCUGAAUUUCCUUGUGUUCUUUCAUAGAUAGCCACACUGAUUUGAGAUAUUUUUCCUCAGCUUUUGUUGUCUUGUUAUUUGCUGUAAAAGCACUGUGGCUUUUUUUUAGAUGACGUAAUGAUGACAAUGAAGCUGUUGUACUAUGAUGAAGGUAUAUGUAGUCUGCUUAAUUUUUUUGGCACCCCCGGUUUACUGUGUUUAUCACCCAUCUCUUAAGAGAAAUAUAAAUAAAACUUACAGUAGUCGCUGAUGCCUUCAAUUGUUUUGUAGUAACCCCUCCUGACUAUGAACCACCAGGUUUCAAGGUAAGAUGGUUAAAAGACUAAGCUUAAAUUCGAAUGCAAAUGUUGUCAUGUACAAAAACUUAAAAUCAAUCCCAAACUAGGCAGUCUUAUUCAGAGACUGUGAGCGCCAACAAGGUAACUGUUGUGUAUUCCGAAUAAAAGGCCAGGAACACAAUAACUAGAUCAAGAUGGCGGAAGAACUAUUUUUAAUCUGAACAGAAAACCUCGUGUACAAUACCAAAUAUGGAAAACAGGUCUCGUGACACUAACUUCUACGUAGAACAGGGAAACCAAAAUUAGGAAAAAUCUAACAAUUUCCUCCCUUUUAAGACUCAAUAGUACACUAAUGAAAAGAAAGAAUAAAACAAAAUCCAAGAAACAAAUUUCAAAGUAUCUUAGAUAACAUGUUGGUACUGUGACCACAGAAAGAAACACCACAGUUCCCUCUAGCCGCAAACAUAGUCCUUCAACUUAGGAGGUGGUUUAACCAAACGACCGGCACGGGUGGUAAUCGAUUCAGGUUUCGGAUCUAGUUGAUGACCUUGUGGUUCUGGAGGGGAAAACUCCCCAAUAGGCGUCACAGCCAAAGGUGGUGCAUCCUUCCACUCAGUCUCCGUAGCUACAGGCGGUGUGUCAUGUUCGACCUCCUCCGGAACAGCACAAUCAUCCAUCAUUUCCGCGUCAGGUGGGCAAAGGUUGCUAUCCCGUAGCUGCUCGACAUGACGUUUCCAGGUUUGGUCGUUUACCUUGACUUUGUACAGGACUGGACCCGUUUGUUCAAUGACGGUGCCACGCACCCAUUUUGGACCUCUGCGGUAGUUGCGGACCCAUACGUUCUGGUUUUGGUCAAAAGACUUUAAAGUGCGGUCAUUGGGCUGGAGCAACUUCUUGUUAACUUUUCUUGAAACAUCCGGCUUAAUCAGAUCCAACCUUGUCUUAACAUUCCGACCCAGGAGAAGCUGUGCAGGGCUAAGCUCAGUAGUGGCGUGUGGCGCUGAUCGAUAAGCUAACAGGAACCUAUCAAGCUUGUGUUGCAGGGUUCUACUGGACUUGUCAGCCUUAACUCCUUUCUUGAAACUGUGUACUAAUCUUUCCGCCUGACCAUUGGUUGAUGGAUGGUAAGGUGCGCCAGUGACAUGCUUUAUACCGUUCGCAGUUGUAAAUUUCCUAAAGGUUUCGGACGUGAACUGUGGACCAUUAUCUGACACCAUCUGGUCAGGGAGUCCCAUGCGGGCAAACAGAGAGCGCAGCGUGCUAACGGUUUCUUCAGCAGUGGUGAUCUCCAUCACGAAAAUCUCCGGCCACUUGCUGUGGGCAUCGAUCACUACCAUGAGCAUCUUUCCCUCGACUGGUCCGGCAAAGUCAAUAUGCAGUCUUUGCCAGGGAAGGGAAGGGUACUCCCAUCGAUGCAGGGGUGCACGGGCUGGAUUAUUUGCCAACUCUUGACAUCCCUCACAGUUUCGGACGGCCCCUUCUAUGUCCUUGUCAAUGUUUGGCCACCAAACAAAACCCCGGGACAAACCCUUCAUCUUGACCAUACCAAUGUGACCCUCGUGAAGCGUUUCUAAAACUCUCUCUCUCAGUUUGGCUGGGACGACUACUCUACUACCCCACAUUAGAACUCCAUGAUGAAUCGUGAUUUCGUUACCGCGAUGGGCAUAGUGGAUGAGCUCUGGGUGAAGUUCGGUCCCUUGCCAUCCUGACUGCACAAGCUCCAGAACACGGGAAAGUACUGGAUCCCUACGGGUCUGCAUUCUCAAGUCGUGCUCUGUAACGGGGAGGGCCUCGACAACGGUGGUAUGGAAUAUUUCAACUUCAUCGGGCUUGUCAGCGGGCGCUGAUGGUUGAGGUAGGCGAGAUAAACCAUCACAAUUGGCAUGUUGCUUGGUACCUCGGAACUCGAUAUUGUAUGAAAAAGCUCCUAGGAAGAGACACCAACGUUGAAUCCUCGCUGCUGCUGUGACUGGCACAGCCUUCCCGGGGUCCAUUAUGUACUUCAAAGGCUGAUGGUCGGUGACCAAGGUGAAGUGGCGACCCUCCAGGUACAUUUGGAACUUCUUCACACCCCAGACCAAAGAUAAUGCUUCUUUCUCGAUUUGUGAGAACUUCUUCUCUGUUUCGGACAGGGACCGGGACGCAUAAGCGAUAGGACGCUCUACUCCCUCAGCAGUACGGUGUGACAAGACCGCUCCGAGACCAUACGAGGAGCUGUCUGUGGCAAGAACUAGUGGUGAGUCAGGGUCAUAGCGCAUCAGAACCCUAUCCUGUAGCAACAUUUCUUUCACCACAAGAAAACUAGUUUGUUCCGCAGCUCCCCACAACCACGUCACAUCUUUCUGUAACAGCCGAUGAAGUGGAGCAAGAUGAGUGGCCAGAUCGGGCAAGAAUUUGGCGUAAUACUGGACCAUGCCAAGAAAAGCACGCAGUUGAGUAACAUCCUGAGGUUUCGGCAUCUCAGUGAUAGCCUUUACUUUCUUUGGGGAUUGGUGUAGUCCUUCUGCAGAGAUGACGUGUCCUAGGUACUCCACAAAACUUCUAAGGAAUUUACACUUUUCUCGGUUGGCUUUCAAACCAUACUCUUCCAACCUCUUCAAUACUGCGACUAACCGCUCCAGGUGUUCCUCUAUGGUAUGGCCGGUUAUAAUGAUAUCAUCCAGGUAACAGAAGACCCCUGGUAGUCCUUGCAGGAUCUGAUCCAUAGCUCGCUGCCAGAUGGCUGGCGCCGAAGCUACACCAUAAGGAAGGCGCUGGUACUGGAACAAACCACGGGUUGUGUUAAUGGUGAGGAAAGGCCUGGAGUGCUCCUCAACCUCCAUUUGUAAGUAAGCCUGACGAAGGUCAAUGACGCUGAACAACGUUCCCCCACCUAGGCUGGCGUAAAUAUCAUCAAUGCGGGGAAGUGGGUACUCGUCUAUCUCCAGCUGUGAAUUGAUGGUCACUUUGAAGUCACCACACACUCUUACACUGCCAUCCUUCUUCACAGGUGUCACAAUUGGAGCAGCCCACUCACUAGUAGCUACCUUCUUUGUAACUCCUUCAGCUUCCAGCUCUCUCAAUGCUUCGUCCACUGCUGGUUUACGAGCCAGCGCUACUGGGCGGGCUUUCCAGAAUCGAGGCCGGGCAUCCUCUUUAACUUGGAUCCGUGCUUGGAUAUUCUUCAUUUUGCCCAAACCUUCAGAGAAAACAUCUCCAUGCUUACUCAGGACAUCUUCCAGGGCUGGAAUGGUGUCGGAUGUUUCCAGACGAAGUAAGGGCCAGUCCAGAUGGAUAGAUUCCAGCCAUUCUCUGCCAAAAGGGUGGGUCCCUCAUUCUUCACUACAUAUAUGGGAAGUUUCUUUGACUGUCCCUGAUACUGCACAGUCACAUGGCAAAACCCCAUAGGCUUCACUGACUCUCCGGUGUAUGUGCGCAACUUCAAGGAGGUGUCCUUUAAAGGAAUGUGGCGGAGGUAAUCCAAAUACACCCUCUCACUCAUGACUGACACCACUGAACCUGUAUCCAGCUCCAUAGUCACUGGGCGGCCUUCAAGGUAGAUCUUGAGUGAAAUGGGCUUUGUGUUUUUAAUGUCUGAGACAUGGUACAGGUUCCCAAAUUCUCCAUCACUUUCUUCGGAAUCAUCACCCUCCAUGACAUUGAUUCCAGCCUCAGUCAUCUGUGAGGUGGCCUGUCUCUUCCUACAUGCUCUCUGUGUAUGUCCGAUGGCUUGUUCUUCCCCAGUUUUGACAGUGUCAAGUUUAUUGAUUGGGGUGCCUGGCCCUUGUUCUCCCUGAAGCACCUGAACAUCUUUAUUAGCCUGCUCAAUGGCCAAACACUUUUGAACCGCGAGAUCAAAUGAAAGGUCGGCGAGUUUUACUUUCAACAAUUCCGUAAUCAUCUUCGAGUCGAUACCUGAAACUAAUCGGUCACGAAGGCGCUCGGUUCGCAUGGCCUCUCCAAACUUACAUUCUGUGGCCAAGUGCUUCAACGUGGCUACAUAAUGACUAACUGACUCACCGGAAUUCCUGGCUCGGUUGUUGUUAUUAUGACCGUUUGAACAAGGUACCUCGCGCACUUUUAGGAUUCUCUUUUAUUCGAUUUUUACGUUACUAUCUCGCGCACUUUCAGAAUUCUCGUUCAUUCGUCUGUUACGUAUGUAUCUCGUACACAUUUAGAAUUCUCUUUUACUCGAUUGUUACGUAAGCAUCUCUCGCACUCUUAGGCCGGAUUCUCUUCCGUUGUAUAGUUAUUUUAGAAUGCUGUGCACUUUUAGGACUCUUUCAUUGAAUUGUUACGUUAGUAUAUUGCGCUCUUGUAGGAAUAUAUUUCAUUCGAUUGUUACGCUAGUAUCUCGCGCUGUUCAGGAUACUCCUUCAUUCGUAAGUUUCGUUGGUAUCUCAUGCAUUUAUAGGAUUACCUUACAUUCUAUUGCUACUUUAGCAUCUUGGGCACUUUCAAGAUUUUUCUUCAUUCGACAAGAGAUUUAAUUAUUUUGCGUUUGAUUGUUACGUUAGUAUCUCGCAUACUUUUAGGAUUCUCGUUCAUUCGACUGGAACGCUAGUAUUUUGCUUAAUUUCAGCAUUUUAAAAUUAGCUCAAAGAUGAAAACGACAUGAUCUAAGCGUGAUCUCAGUUGUGAUCUCGUCGAACGGCAGGAAAGGUGCAAAAAAGUGGCGUGUAAAAAGACAAGUCAUCGAUGAAGUUAGUUAUCUUUCGAUAUUUCAGUAUUAGGUUAAUUUUUAAACGAGAGUCGGUAAAAAUGACGAUAAACUGAGAAUUUUUGGAUAUCUGGAGACUAGUUAACCAUUUUAAAGAUUCUUCCCGACUGUUGCUAACACGUGACUAAAAAAGAUAGAUUAUUUAAACCGUUUGACGGUUAAUAUUGAUUUUCAUUGUGGACGUUUGACGGUAAACAUCAAUUUUUUUUGACGGUUGACCCCACUGAACCCUUGCAAAUGCUUGUGUUACACUCUGAAGGUAACAAAUGCGUUAACGUGAUUCAGUUUGAACCAAACGAUUUGAUUCCUCUUCCAUAUCAAAAGCACGAUGUAAGAAAACGCUACACAAAUUUGUGAACUAUUUUUUAAAAAUAUGGCGAAAAAGUGGUAUUUUGAAGUGAAUUGGUAUUUUGAACUAAAAAGUUGUAUGACAGUUACUUAGAUAAUAUACUAAAACAGUUAGGUGAUACAGCACAAAAAGAUGAUUUUAACUCUCUAAUUCCUGCAACGAUUUUUAUAUUUUCGGGUGCCAAUCCCGCGCGUGUUUCUCUUAAGUCGUGAUUUAACAAUGAUUUUUUUAAAGUUAAAUUCAAACUGUAACACAAACAUUUAACACUGAAGUGGGAAGAACUGAAGGGGAAUAAGUAAUGUCGAAAACGUGCUUCGCAAACUUGAGAAUGUUGUUUGAUUAAUGCAAAUUAUCAUACAUUUAAUUUUCAAUUACCACCUUUUUAUGUUUGUUUUAUCAACAUUUGAUAUUGUGUAAGAAGAUAUCUUCCUAGGUGCUUAGUGUAUCUUUAUAUUAUCAUUAUGAUAUGGAAAAAGCAUUGAACACAGUUUGAUACUGAAAAUCGACAAAAAGAUUGUUAAAAAUGAAAUGAGAAAUGGUAGUUCUUUACUUUAACAGUCAUUUGAAAUACGGAAUAUUUAAUUGCGCGUUAUCAGAAGAACAGAAAUAAUGUAUUUAUCCAAAGGCAGAGUUUUUCUAUUUCGUGUCAAGAGAAGAUAAAUUCAUCGUCUCUCGUUGGUGUAAGAAAAACAAAAACAAAAACAAAAACAAAUAAUAGUCAGGCUAUUGGUCGAUUUGCUUGUUCUGGAAAUAAUUAGUACUCAAAUCCAAUUGUUCUUUUUCACGCAGCACACACCAAACGAUUUUUUCAACUUUGUGGAGGAACCUCUGAACAUCAAAGUUGGAGACGUGUCAACGGUAUUAAAUGUCAGACAGUAAUAACAAAGUAAAAGUUAUUUUAAAUGUUAUUUCGUGAAAUACUGAUAAUCUCAUGUGUAUAGUUAACGCUGCAGGAUAGUUAUAGGGUUCAGGAAAGAAACAGCGCAACAAUUUCAAAAAACAUCCCAGGAAAAAAGCCACUCAACUUCUCCAUAACAGCUAUGGAACAACUCUUGCUGUUUUUUGACUGCCAUCAUUUAAAUCAGCAAUUAAACAUCGGUUGCAAUAAUUAAGAAAAUUUAGUAAUAUAGAUGUUAGUUGGUUUUUUUUUUUCGGAGUAUCUGGCAAUAUUUACACAUGUAUGCUUAUGUUGUUUUCCUUUUUUUCAUUAUCGUUUAUCCUCUGAUUCCUUAAAAUGUCUUCAGCCAUUUCACACGUAAGUAUGACUCUGGUAAAAUGUAAAAAACGAGUAUUACAUCUUCUGUGUUUAUAUAUAGUUACCGCUGAAUUGGAAACUAAAGGGGUAGUUACCUUUAUGUUUACAGAGUAAAGCUGCGUAUAAGAACAGAUUGUCAGCAGUUUGAAUUGAAAGAUGACAACAAUAAUGAAGAAGUUUACAGUAUCGAUCUGGAACCUGUCACGAGUCCAUCAAAAGAGAGCAAUUUACAAGAAUCAUCCAUACAGCAACAACAAGUUGAAGCAAACAAUCCUGUUGUAAGUAUUAUACUUUACGAUAUAAAAGACAGUUGAAAGUUAGAUUAGGAUCCAGUUUCUUGCUCUUGUACUUUGUAUAGCCAAGACCAAAAUCCACACAAAGUAAUAGAAAAUAAUUACUAUUCAUAUGUCUCCCUCUCAAAAUCAUAGACUUAAAUUCAAUUAUCUGCUUCAACAUAACUCACAAAAGCUUUGCAUUGACACCUAGAUCCUGUAGCAAUAUGUGGGAUAUUCAGUUUUUACGGGUCUCAUGUAGUCUGGUGAGGUUAGAGCAUUCAAAGCCUUACUUUCCGGAUUCUCGAUGCAGUGAGAGUGUCUUAAUUUCACGUCUACUAUUUGGUGGCGAAUAUUAUGUAAUGUGUGGUCUCGAGAGCAUAUGAAAUGCUCUUCCUUGUUAGAGACUACUUGGAUACGUUGUUUGAUCGUGUGAAGAAGGAAAUAAGCGUUCUCAGAGCUGAUAUUUAAUUUGACACAGAAAUCCCUUUCAUCUCCGUGUGACAUUGAACAAGAAGGGGGGCAAAUGUCUGAAGAGAUCAGAGAAGUAAAGGACAAAGGUUAGACUUCUUUACCUUAAUUGAUUCAAGAAACAACGGCCGUUAUUGUGUUUUCCAUGGUUUCACUCAGCAUUGGAGUUUUUUGUUUCGCCAGGAUUGGAGGUUAUGGACUGUGAUCAAGAACUUCCUGGUAAAAAUAUAUGGUUACUCGUGACUUUGAAAUUUGUCAGAUCGUAGGGUAAUAGUUACAACUGAUGAGAUAAUAAAUCUUAAGGUUGUAUAGAAAGGAAAAUAAUAUUUUUUCUUUCUUUUCUUCUGAAAACGAGUUACCUGCCUUUUCGCGUUCUCCGCGGUCUCAAAGGAUCUAGCCAUCGCUAAUGCAUCUUGAUUUAACUGUUAGAUAACGGUUUGCACAAUAGCCAAAAAAUAAUUGAGAUAACCAUCGGGCGAUCCUUCCCAUUUCAGAUCCUCCAAUAAUCCCACUUUCACAUGAUUAUUAAGACCUACUUGACCUAAAACUGAGAAAGUUAAAAAACCUUCUUGGUAUGCUUGUAAUAACUUUACUAUCGUACGCUUGUUCUGCACCAGUUCCGGUACAAGUGCCAAUUCACCCCUUUUCAUUCCAUAGAUCAGUCUCAACAGGAUGGAGAAGAGGUCAUCAAUGUAAAAUGUCCUUGUGGCAACGAUGAGGUAUUUGCAAUGCCUGGACACUUAUUUUAUAAAAGAAUAACUUUGUUUUAAGUUUAUUUUUGAUUAAGAAUGCGGCUAUGUCAUGCAUAUCUUUUAAGAUGCCAGUUUAAUAUUACAAUAGUGAGUAUCAUCUUUUUAGUUUCCUUACAGAAGUAAUCUUGACGGCCGGAUAAGCAAAAGAACAUUAGCUGCAAUUUUUUCAAUUAGACGCAUCUACUAUAUCAUGUAAUGUAGUAAGACGUUUUGUAAGCUUUACUAACGUUAACGCCGCCUACCUUUAGGAUGAGGGCUUAAUGAUACUAUGUGGAGUCUGCAAUAACUGGCAGCAUGCAGUCUGUUUCGGCGUCUUAAAACAAGAGGAAGCUCCAGAACUUCAUGUAUGCGUGGGUUGCUCUAAGGUAGCUCUAAUUUGAAUUCCUGGUGCCUCUGAUUCAUCAGCUCAUAAAUGUGCACCUAAACAUAUACUGAGUGUCCGUUCGUUUUAGGGUGAGUACAGUGGGAAGUGUACAGAUUCUUCACUGGUUAACCUCAACACCAUAGCUUUACAGGUACCAUUUAAACUGAGUAAAUGAAUGGUUUUGAGACUUGAUUUAAGUUAGAUCCAACCUGCCGUAUGCGUUAAGUGUAGCUUAAACGUCUUCCACGGAAAAAAUUCUGACUAAAUUUUAUUUAUUUAAAAAAUCAUUCCUUUAUAAUUAUUUGCGUUUGUGAAUCAAACUAACUACAAAUGCUGUUGCUUCCGUUUUAUUUCCUAUUUAUCUUGCUAGGCUACGUGUCUUUGGCGCAGAACCUUAGUUGCUUGCAGCGAGUUGAACAGGAUACUACCUAACACUUUGGCUCGUCACCUUAGUAUGUAUUUUUUCCUAUUGCCUCUGACCAUACCAAAGAAUCCGGCAGUCCGUCAUGCAUGUUUUAUACUUUUGUUCAGAGUUAGAGAUGAGCAUCGCCCAAGGUUUAGUCAAACGUCUGGAAAAAGAAGGAUUCAUAAGAAGUACUUUAAAAGGAAAGAGGUAACUUUGUCAUGAGAGUAUCGGUUGAUGUGAUUAUGAUAAAUAAAUCCAGAAUUAUUGAACAGUUUUUUUAUUUCUUUACCAGGCUUGGAAAAAUUGUUAACAAGAAGAAACUGCAGGCGGAGGGUUUCGGGAAGUAUUUCAGUCUAGGGAGUGGAAAGCUUGAAACUGAGGUUGACCUUUCAGACACGGUUGUUCCUGAUGAGAAUAGGUCAGAGGACGGGGUAUGUUAUCUGAUGUACGCAAAAAUUCAUCCAGUUUAUGCUGUAAGUGUUAUAUGCAAACGCCCAAUUUAAGCCCAAAAUGGACUUAUGGAGCAUGUAAUGCCUCCUUAGAAGUACUUGUGGAAACUUUAUUAAAGUUUAGAGAUUUAUAGCUUACCUACCCCAUAGUUUGAUCAGUAGGAAACCGGUUGGUUUACGACAUGACUUGACAUUUUCCGUAAUAUGCUCGGAUGAAUAACAUUCUGAAAUUUUUAUACUUGUCGGUUUAUUUCUUUCUUAGUUAUUUUACAUUAAAAAUAGUUCCCGUUCUUUUUCAACUUAAGGUGGAGGCAAUAGUUCAGAGAUGCUCAAAGAUGGAUGUAUCAGGAGCCUUAAAAACCUUUAAGAAAAAAGUAAUUGCUAAGAAUGCUUUGAAAAAUUAUGCCAGAGCUUAAUUGAUUUUUUUGUGCUAGAGGGUAUAACUAUGUUAAAGUCUUGAUCAGACGCUUAUUGCAUAUACAGAAGUGUUCGGUUCCAAUUUACUAACAAGUAUUCAAGUACCACCUCAGUCGAGGCAGUGUUACUGUACAUUGUAUGUUGAGUGCCUCAGGAAAUGCUUUUUCUUACCUGCACAGUAGUAAUGAUGGCAAUCAUCUGCCAGGAAUGAAGAGACAAUGGUGUGUGCGAUAUAAAUCAGUCCGACUUUACGGUCAAAUUCUCGAGAUUAAAUUUUGAAGCUCAUGUUGAGACUGUGAACUAUUUAUGUUAUAAGAUAAUCUUCAUAUCGAAAACCGAUGGAAAGUGAAAUAAGAAUACCCAGAAAUACGCCUUUUACUGCAGAAAUGAAGACAUGGGAAAUCAGUAAAAUUGAACAGAUAGUCUGUUAUUCUCACACGUAUUUUUAUACCUUAGGUGUGCAACAAACAGGAAAAACUGAAAAGGGCUGUUUCUCUUAAAGAUGAGGUGAGUAAACUUAAGAGCAAAAACGCCUCUCAGACAAAAUCAUUUCCCUUGCAUUCGCUUUCGUUACCAUUUUAUUUAGUUGUUUAUUUUUUUAUUUCUGUAGACAAUGGAAUUUGACAUUUCCGACAGUCAAGAACAAUGUUUUGAAGACCGUCCUCAAUCAAAGAGAAGGAAAGCUAGUGUAGCAAAAAGUGCAAUCCUGGUUUGA